GCGGCAUAAAGUCAGAUCCAUCGGUCUUAUUGUGUUGUGUUGUGUUGUAAUUAUCAACGAGAGACCAGACUAGACCAGACUAGACUAGACAAUGGAAGAAGAAGAGAUUGACCUUGACACUGGUAUCCGUCGUAUCAUUCGACAGGAAGAACCACCGCCUCCUCCCCGCAACACCAAUAAGAUGCAAGAUGGUCGAACGCGGCUUCGGCAAGGUGUUUCGCCGUUUCUUCCUCCUCCCGUUGUGAGAGCCAUGUCGACGUUGGAUCCUCUACUGGAACCAUACGUAGGACCGGAAGCUUCCAUUACACUCUUGACGAGUCUCUUGGUGUGUGUCGUCCUGGUGCCUCUGCUGCAGUCACUGGUUGGUACUACUACCGGUAGUACCAGUAAAGCAUAUGACGAUGAGGAAGACGAUUUGAAGGACAUGGCCAUGACUGCAGAAGACUAUGGCGAUACGGUGAUUCUCUGCGGCCCCAUGUGGGCUGGUAAGACACGCAUCUUGUAUCAUUUGUGUCAUUCCAAGGCAUCCAUGCCAACUGUCAUGAGUCUACGAGCCAAUGCCGCACUUUUGCCAACAUCGACAAAGGAGGAAGACAACCAAAAGCCACUGCGUGUCCUCGACUAUCCAGGACAUUCCGGAUUGCAAGACGAACUCUUUCGAGAAUUGAUCCAGUCCAGUCAACAAAAUUCAUUGCGUCUCAUCUUGGUCGUCGAUUCCACACAACCGCUGACUACGGCGGCCGAUUUUCUGUAUGAUUUACUCCAAUAUGCCCACGACAAUGCGUCCUCAAAGCCAUGGCCCAUUUUAGUAGCCUGUCACAAAUCCGAUUUGAGUUCCUCCAAAAAUCCACGACGCAUCAAGAUAUCCCUUCGCACCGAAUUGGAAAAACUAUUGCAGGUACAACAAAUGGCCGAAGCGGCGGCUAAUAAUGACAAUGAUGAAAACAAUAACAACAAUAAAUGGUGGAAACCAGGAACCGAAUUGGAUCUGGAUCAAUUGGAAAAUGUCAAACUGAAAUUUGUGGCCACCACGUGCAAUGUGGGCGAUGGUAUUGAUCCCAUUGUGGCGUUUUGUAAACAUGGGACAAUGGAAUGA